AAUAUUGAAUAUAUGUUUGGCAUUGUUGGUAUUCCAGUCACUGAAAUCGCAAUUGCAGCCCAGGCAGUUGGAAUAAAGUAUGUAGGAAUGAGAAAUGAACAAGCCGCCUGUUACGCUGCAUCUGCUGUUGGAUAUUUGACUGGCAGACCAGGAGUAUGUCUUGUAGUGUCCGGUCCAGGUUUUUUACAUGCCCUUGGCGGGAUGGCAAAUGCAACCAUAAACUGCUGGCCUCUGGUUGUUAUUGGAGGCUCUUCUGACAGAAAUCAGGAAACCAUGGGAGCUUUCCAAGAAUUCCCACAGGUUGAAGCUGGUAGGCUGUACAACAAACUGUCUGUCCGCCCAAGCAGCCUAGAAGUUAUUCCUAAAAAAAAAAAUACUAAAUUAGCAACAGAACACAGAGCUGUAAGAACCAGCAUAUAUGGUCGUCCAGGUUCCUGCUAUAUUGACAUACCUGGGGAUUUUGUGAAUCUUCAAGUGAAUAAGAGUUCUGUCAAGUACGUGGAAUGCUGCCUGCCACCUCCCGUCAGCAUGGCUGAACGCUCUGCUGUAUGCAAAGCCGCGGCUAUCAUUGCUCAUUCCAAGCAGCCUCUGCUAAUCAUUGGCAAAGGUGCUGCUUAUUCUCGUGCUGAAAACAACAUCAGAAAUUUGGUGGACCUUUGCGGACUGCCUUUUUUGCCUACACCAAUGGCAAAAGGAGUAGUUCCUGAUAACCAUCCAAAUUGUGUAGCUGCAGCAAGAUCAAUGGCAUUACAGCAUGCUGAUGUAAUCAUCUUGCUUGGUGCGAGGUUGAAUUGGAUUUUGCAUUUUGGUCUUCCACCAAGGUUUCAACAAGAUGUAAAGAUUAUUCAGAUUGAUAUUUGUGCAGAAGAGCUGGGGAAUAAUGUGAGGCCAGCUGCAAUUUUAUUAGGUGACAUAAACACCGUGACUAAGCAGCUCUUAGAAGAAUUCAGUGAAAGACCAUCGAAAUAUCCUUCUAAUUCAGAGUGGUGGAAGAGGCUGAGAGAGAAAAUAAUGAACAAUGAGGAAAGAUCAAAGGGACUAGCAUUACAGAAAUCCCUGCCUAUGAAUUAUUACACAGUCUUUCAUCACAUCAGAGAACUGAUACCCAAGGACUGCAUCUUAGUAAGUGAGGGAGCAAACACCAUGGACAUUGGACGAACUAUGCUUCCAAAUUACUAUCCCCGUCAAAGGCUUGAUGCAGGUACUUUUGGAACGAUGGGAGUCGGACUUGCUUUUGCUAUAGCAGCUGCAAUGGUAGCUAAAGACCAAACACCUGAAAAGCGAGUCAUCUGCAUAGAAGGAGAUAGUGCUUUCGGUUUUUCUGGGAUGGAGGUGGAGACUAUUUGCAGAUACAACUUGCCAAUCCUGAUUAUCAUAGUAAACAACAAUGGGAUUUACACUGGUUUGGAUGCAGAUUCCUGGAAGGAGAUGUUAACGUUUGGAGAUCCUGCUACAUG